AUGCAGUACUGCUUGACGAUUAUUGACAGAUUUACCAGAUGGCCAGUUGCAGUUCCCCUGUCAAACGUGCAAGCGAAUACCGUGACAAAAGCGUUUUUGGACAACUGGGUCAGUCUGUACGGCACUCCACUCUACAUCACGUCCGACCGAAGGGCGCAAUUUGAGUCCGAGCUCUUUGUUGGACUCGCCAAGGCCAUAGGCGCACAGCUUAUACGCAGGACUUCGUACCACCCCCAGUCAAACGGCAUGGUGGAGAGGUUCCAUCGCACCUUGAAGGCUGCGCUCCGGUGCUGCCCGCAGUCCUGGCUGGACUGCCUUCCCACGGUCAUGCUGGGGCUGAGAACGGCUUUUAAGGAGGACCUCGAGGCCUCCCCUGCAGAAAUGCUAUAUGGCACUACCCUGCGCAUACCAGGCGAAUUUUUCGUGUCGGAAUCAGUGCAGGCGGACAAGUCCAGUUUUGUCGCAAGUCUUCGCAGACUCUUCAGGGCUAUCCGGCCGGUUCCAGCAACCAGGCACACCACCGCACGCCCCUUCGUGCACAAAGACCUGGAGAAGUGCUCGCAUGUGUUCAAGCGAGUAGAUAGUAUUAAAAAGCCGCUUGAACUGUCUUAUACAGGCCCGCACCGAGUCAUUAAAAGGACGGAAAAUAGAACUUAUGUAAUUGAGGUCAAUGGGCUGGAGAAGGUCGUGUCGGUUGAUGAACUGAAGCCCGCGUAUCUGGAGCCUGCGGAGUCCAGCUGUGCGGACCAGACUGCUCAGCAACAACCUCCAGAAACAGGACCAUCUCAACAAAUCAAUGAGCAACCGUCUCAACAAAUCAACGAGCAACCGUCGCAACAAAGCAACGAGCAACAACAGCAGCAACUCCCAGGCUCGGAACCAACAUCAGAAGCCACCAGCCCAGAGCCUCCAGUGCAUACCAUACCAAAGCACGUAAUAUUCCCUUCGCUUCCUGCGAAGGUCACUGGAAGGGGAGUGGUUGUGGCGGCUCGGCCCAGCGCGCCAACGACGUGCCAACGUCGCAAGCAGACGCUGAAGCCGAGAGAGGAUUUUGACUAG